AUGGAUGUGUUCUUCUGGCGGCUUUUUCUGGGAUCCGCCACUGUCCUUGCCGCGUUCACAAGCUGGUCGCUAGUCUGCCUGAUCCUCAAUGUCCGAGAGGCUCGGUCAACAGGCCUUCCUUAUGUGAUUUUACCCUGCUCCUUGCUAGGGGCACCAUGGCUGCUGAGCCAACCAGUCGUUCUACCACUGUUCAGGGCUCUUCCUCGGACUUGGACUUCUACUUGGCUCCCGCUGCUAAUCUUCAAUGAUGGGUGGCAUCUUGGAUACACUCCCUUCGAACAGAUCGGAGCCGAUACUUUUUUGGCAGUCUCGCCAGGGGGAUUCGUGCUUUAUACCUGCGACCGCCAAGUCUCCACACAGCUGUUCCAAGAUGGCAGAUUUGGCAAACCAGCCCACCUCAUGAAGGUGCUGAAUAUAUACGGACCGACGAUGACCGGUACUGAUGGGCCCGAAUCGCGAUUAUACCGGCGGCUCACUGCGCCUUUCUUUCGAGAGGAUACCCUACGCCACGUUUUCGUACACGCUAUCGAAGGCGCACAAGCACUUGGGCUCGCCUUAAUCCAACCAGGAGCAUAUUGCCAGUUACGCACGCUGGCUGCGCGACUAUCUUUGAACUUGCUCAAUCGCAUCUGCUUUCAAUUUCAGACCCAAGAAGAUCUGAUCAAAGCAUUAUCGUUCGCCGAUCUCCCCGCAGAAGGAUAUCGCAUGACUUACAGUGAGGCUAUGCACACGCUGUUGGAACAUUAUCAAACUGUUUUUCUCUUUCCUAGACAUUUUCUUGCAUGGUCCCCCUUCAAGCACCAUCGUCAAGCAAUCAGAGCUUUCACCGAAUUGGGCCAAUAUAUGCAAGAGUUGAAGACGACGACGGAAGCACGACUAUUGGAUAAAGAAUAUCUUUUAAAACAAAAGGGCACAAAAUUGUUGAGCGACCUUCUUAUCCAGGCUGGUAUCAACACCGGUUCCCCAACCAGCCCUAUCCUGCAACCGCACCAAGUGACCGGAAAUGUGUUUCUCUUUAUGUUCGCAGGCCAUGAAGCCAAUGCCAAUACUUUGACCUUCAUCAUACUUCUUCUUGCAUGUCAUCCUACCAUCCAAACUGCGUUGCAGUCAGACCUGGACGCGAUCCUAGGUAACACUCCGCCCAUUCACUGGACCUACGACACCCAUUAUGAACCGCUCAUGCACAGCCUAGUUGGGGCAGUCAUCAAAGAAGCUCUUCGACUCUUCACUGUCCUUCCAGUCCUUCCAAAAUAUGUGUCACCCUAUGGGCCGCCCAUUCCUAUUGUCGUCUCCGGCCAAUCUCACCCCUUGCCCCCGGGAACCGUGGCUUUCGUGAAUACCAGCGCUACCCACCGCCAUCCUCAGUAUUGGCCCACUGUUAACGACAAAUCAAAGGAAUCAUCCACCGAAAAAGAACUGAAACUUCGGCCUUAUCCUACGACAGACUUCAACCCAUACCGCUGGCUUCAAACACAACCGUCGGGCUCUUCCACCUACAGCCGAAGUGGCUCUCUUUGCUCGGAAGGAUUUACCCCAGCCCCCGGCACUUUCAUCCCCUUUUCCGAGGGCUCCCGCAAAUGCCUCGGUCACAAAUUCGCCCUUGUUGAGCUCUGCGCGGUAGUCGCCUUGCUUUUCUACCAGGAUUCCGUUCACCUUCUGACGAAUCCAGAAGACGCCAGUGACACCUGGGAAGCGGCCCGUAUCCGGGCUGAUCGCGCGCUUUCGGAAGGAGUCAAAUUCAACAUGAGUCUGCGAAUUACUCAGGACGUGCCAAUCAAGUUUGAAACAAGAGAUACCAAAGCUAUCUAA